CUCCACAAGAUACACCCAGAUUAACUAUGUCACAGUAUUGGUUGGAAUACCUCGACAACCCAACGUUGGCGAUAUUCCCGUUCGACUACUUACGGCCUUCCAAUAACAAGGUCAUCGAGGCUUCGUACGAGGUGCCCGUUAGUGGUAAAGACUAUAUUACCAGUUUAACCAGUUUCAUCGUUUUGAUUUAUCGAUUGACUGGUGAUGAAGAUAUUGUGGUGGCCGUCAACGCCGAAGAUAACCACAAGGAAUUUAUUCUCAGACUAAGCUUAACCCCCACCACCACCUUCAGUGAUUUCCGCAGCCGUGUAUUGGACGAGUACACCAAGAACCAAAAACAAGCGGCUUCCUACAACUCCUUGGACGACAUUGCCCAAGCUAUCAAGGAAAAAAAAGGAACCGAAGAGUACCCAAACUUGUUCAGAUUGUCAUUUGAACAUGCCAAUUCUAACGCUCAAUUGGCCACUUCCGUUAGAGGGUCGAUUCGUGAUUUGGCGGUGUUUUACUCCAGUGAUAAGAUCCAAAUCUUCUACAAUGGGUUGCUUUUCAAACAGGAAAGAAUAGCCAUGUUUGGCGAACAAUUCGCUGGGUUUGUGGAAGCAGCCGAGAAAAACCCCUCAAUUGAAGUCUCCAAGGUCAGCUUGGUGACCCCAUCUCAGGCCAAGUUCCUUCCGGAUCCUACUGUUGAUUUAGACUGGGCUGGGUUCAGAGGUGCGAUCCAAGAUAUUUUCAUGGAAAAUGCCUUGAAGCACCCGGAAAGAACCUGUGUGACCGAGACCCGGUCGUUUAUGGACCCUCAAUCCAAAACCCGGGUUUUCACAUACAAGCAAAUCAACCAGGCAUCCAAUAUUGUGGGAAACUAUUUGGUGAAGAGCGGAAUCAAAAAGGGUGAUAUCGUGAUGAUCUACGCCUACAGAGGAGUGGACCUAAUGAUCGCGGUGAUGGGGGUGUUGAAAGCCGGUGCCACCUUCUCGGUUAUCGACCCGGCCUAUCCCCCUGCCAGACAAAACAUAUACCUUUCUGUGGCCAAGCCGCGAGGUUUGAUUGGGUUGGAAAAAGCCGGGGUGUUGGACCAGUUGGUAGUGGACUACGUGAAAUACGAGUUGGAGGUGGUUGCGUCGAUCCCCCAGUUGAAGGUCAACGAUGACGGGUCUUUGAAUGGGGGUGUGGUGGACAAACUUGACUGUUUACAACAAUAUGCCCAGUACGCUGAUGUGCCCACAGGUGUUAAGGUGGGACCCGACUCGAACCCGACCUUGUCAUUCACGUCAGGAUCGGAAGGAAUCCCCAAGGGGGUAUUGGGCCGGCAUUACUCGUUGGCGUACUAUUUCCCAUGGAUGUCUCAACGGUUUGGGUUGAGUGCCGACGAUAAAUUCACCAUGUUAUCAGGAAUUGCCCACGAUCCGAUCCAAAGAGAUAUGUUCACCCCGUUGUUCUUGGGAGCACAGUUGUUGGUGCCCACGGCGGAUGACAUUGGAACUCCGGGGAAAUUGGCCGAUUGGAUGGCUGAAUAUGGUGCUACUGUUACCCACUUGACCCCCGCCAUGGGCCAGUUGUUGAGUGCCCAGGCCAGCACCGCCUUCCCCAAGUUGCACCACGCGUUCUUUGUGGGCGACAUUUUGACCAAACGAGACUGUUUGCGGUUGCAAUCGUUGGCUGCAAACGUGUAUAUUGUCAAUAUGUAUGGGACCACCGAGACUCAGAGAGCGGUGUCGUACUUUGAAAUCAAGAGCUUGGCAGCAGAUCCCACCUACUUGAAGUCGUUGAAAGACGUGAUGCCUGCCGGUACCGGGAUGUACAAUGUGCAAUUAUUGAUUGUGAACCGAAACCACACGAGUCAGACGUGUGGGGUGGGAGAAGUGGGUGAAAUCUACGUGAGAGCGGCCGGGUUGUCUGAAGGAUAUAGAGGGUUGCCGGACUUGAAUGCGCAAAAGUUUGUCACCAACUGGUACGUUGACCCCAACAAGUGGAUAACCGUAGACGAGGCCAACAGCCAAAAUGAAGGCUGGAGACAAGAGGGGUGGUUGGGACCAAGAGACCGGCUCUAUAGAACCGGCGACUUGGGCCGGUAUUUACCUGAUGGGAACGUUGAGUGCUGUGGAAGAGCCGAUGACCAGGUCAAAAUCAGAGGUUUCAGAAUCGAGUUGGGUGAAAUCGACACCCACUUGUCACAGCACGCAUUGGUUCGGGAAAACAUCACCUUAGUCAGAAGAGACAAGAACGAAGAGCCCACCUUGAUCUCGUACAUUGUGCCCAAGGACUCAGAGGAGUUGAAGAACUUCAAGUCUGAAAUUGAAGACGACUCGGGGUUGGACGACCCCAUUGUUCUAGGCUUGGUGGAGUACAGAGAGUUGAUCAAGGAUAUCAAGGGCUACUUGAAGAAGAGAUUGGCCUCAUACGCCAUACCCACCUUGAUUGUGCCUUUGGCCAAAUUGCCCUUGAAUCCUAAUGGUAAGGUCGAUAAGCCCAAAUUGCCCUUCCCUGACACCGCCCAGUUGGCGGCGGUGGCCAAGUUGUCCAAGAGCACCAGCAGCGAAAGCGAAGAAGACUUGAACGAAGUUGAAAAGCUUCUCAUAAACUUGUGGAUAGAAGUAUUACCCAAUAGACCUGCUACCAUCUCCAGAUCGGACUCUUUCUUCGACCUAGGAGGACACUCGAUCUUGGCCACCAGAAUGAUCUUUGAGUUGAGAAAACGAGUGGGGGUGGAUGUGCCUUUGGGGAUUAUUUUCAGUAACCCAACCAUUGAAGCGUUUGGUAAGAAGGUUUCGGCGUACAUUAAGGGUAACGACUUUGAGUUGGCCGACAGCAGUGCCAACAAGGAGGAGGAAACCGCAGCUCCCGAGUCGAACUAUUCCGAAGAUGCUAAGCACUUGGCCAAUACCAUGUUAUUGGAGAAGUACCCAACGCUAGAGAACCUUGAUACUUCCCAGCACAUCAACGUGUUUGUAACAGGGGUUACUGGGUUCCUUGGCUCGUUCAUCAUCAAAGAGUUGUUGGAAAACGAACAAUUAUCGGUAACCAUCUAUGCUCACGUGAGAGCCUCCGAUGAGAACAAAGGGUUGGACAGAAUCCGUCAAGCCGGUAAGACGUUUGGUGUAUGGAAUGAGGCUUGGGCUAGCAGUAUCACGGUGGUGUUGGCGGACUUGUCGCAGCCAAAGCUUGGAUUGAGUGAUUCUGCCUGGACGCAAUUGGCCAACAACAUCGAUGUGAUCAUCCAUAACGGGGCGUUUGUACACUGGGUGUAUCCUUACUCCCAGUUGAGAGACGCCAACGUGAUUGGGUCGGUGAACUUGAUGAACUUGUGUGGAGUCGGUAAGGCCAAACACUACGCAUUUGUUUCAUCCACCUCGUCUCUUGAUACCGACCACUAUAUUCGUCUCUCGGACCAGAUCAUGGCCAAGGGCGGCGACGGGAUCCCUGAGUCCGAUGACAUGGAAGGGUCUGCCACCGGACUCGGUAACGGGUAUGGUCAGAGUAAGUGGGCUGCUGAGUAUAUCAUUAGAAAGGCAGGAGAAAGGGGAUUGAGAGGAAGCAUAAUUCGUGCUGGAUAUGUCACUGGGUACACCCGGACGGGAGCCAGUAACACCGAUGACUUUUUGUUAAGAAUGUUGAAGGGAUGCUGUGAAUUGGGAAUCUAUCCAGACAUUGGGAACAACGUCAACAUGGUUCCGGUGGAUCAUGUUGCCAAGAUCACGGUUGCAACUGGUCUCUUCCCCCCUACGGCGGGCAUGGGCGUGGCCCAGGUCACGGCCCAUCCUCGUAUCAGGUUCAACGAAUUCUUGGGGGCCUUGAACGACUAUGGCUAUGGGUUGAAGCAGGAUGACUAUCCUCUUUGGAAGAACGAAUUGGAGAACUUUGUGGUGAACAAAUCCAAGGAGUCUGCCUUGUUCCCAUUGUUACACUUUGUAUUGGACGACUUGCCCCAGAACACCAAGGCCCCUGAGUUGGACGACUCAAACACCAGUGCCUCUUUGGCUGCCUAUAAGUCCAAUAGUGUGACUUCUCGUGGAGUGACACAAGAGUUGAUGGGCACUUAUAUUGCGUACUUGGUGAAGAUCGGGUUUUUGCCGGCUCCAGGUGGUUACGGCAAGCCUUUACCUGAGAUAGAGCUUAGUGAUGAAUCAUUGCUGCUUAUUCUCGCUGGUUCUGGUGGCCGUGGCUCGGCUGCAAAAUAGAUAUCCAACCACUAUUAGGCAGGGUUCUACACCUAUGAUAAGAGACAGGCGUUAAAUAAGGUCCUGGCAAUCUAGUACAUAAUCUCACCUAGUUGCAAAAUACAUAGAUCAUGAAUCA